CCGGGUGGAGCAAAGGCGGAAGUCUACAGAGCGGGGGGAUUCCCCGAGGGAAGUUCCCAAGUCAACUAGACUAUGUUAAAAAAGAAAAAAAAACUGCAAAAAAGAGAAAAAAUACACUGCCAUAUCCUCUCCGGCGCUUCGUAACUUUGCAUCUGAGGAACAGGCGACGGCGUUGAGGUGGUGUCAAAACAACUGAUUCGAAUUUAAACUGUGACUCGAAUGAAGGGCUCAUGUCUGCCGUGUCAGUGAUGAUCGUGGAGCACAAGGCAUGGAAAAGAACAUUGGAGACAAGCUCAACAAAGCUUUUGAAGCUUAUCGCCAGGUCUCCAUCGAAAAGGACAAUGCUAAGAAGGAGCUGCAGAAAAUGACAGAAUAUUAUGAGCAAUACACUCAGGAACUUCAAAAGCAGAUAGAAGACCAGCAGCAGUUGAUUUCUGAACUUGAAGCUAAGCUGUCAGCAACGAGGCAACAAUCAGAGGAGAUGAAAUGUGAUCCCUGCAACCAUGUCCUGGAGGGAGCCAGCCCUUACAGGAAAACCCAGUGCCCGGAGAGUAUGACCACUGUUGCUGUUGCUCCUAAUUUGCCCGUCAACAUCAGCAUUGACUAUCAGGACAUGUUCGAGGCAUUUGAAGCCAUUCAAGGCAAAUUCAAACAGAUCCGCUCUCUAACCAGAAGACAAAAAGAUCACUUGAAAAGAUUCCAUGGAGGAAAUGAUGCGCCAAACGAUCAGCAUUUCUCCAUGCCUAUCCAGUGCACAGACCGGACUGCGGAGGCAGAAGCAGCCUUCUCUUCAGCCUUAAGGUCGCCGGUGGACAUCUCUCACCUGCCUGCAUCUCUUGCGUCCCGUGGCGCCAGCCAGGUGGACAGGGACUUGGUAGACUCUCUCACUAAACUCAGUGUCAAAUUCCCACCCCCUGCGGACAGUGAAUACGACUUCCUGAACAGUGCUCCAGAGAGAAACGUUGUUCUGGCCAUGCCUACGAAACGGCCUCUAAGUAGCGUCUCCUCCACACUGACAGAGGAGGAGCCCGUCGAACAGCCCAUGCCUUUUGUCUACCCCACGUCCCCCUCCCACUCAACAUCAUCUUCACCCUCCCGGGAGAGCGUGCGAGGACCCCAGCAGUCUAUCUGGAGCCCUGGGCUGCGUGAUGCAGUUGAUGUGGGAACAGAGCUGGAGACGCCUCCGAGCAGCAGCCCUGAUAAAUGCGCUUUCUGCCAUGCCGUGGUUCCUCAGGACAGAAUGAACAGUCACCUCUAUUCGCAUUUCUCUCCUAAGAAUGAAGACGAAAAGUGACAUUGGAAGCAGAGACUGAUGGACAAAGGUCCCGACUUCUUCGGCCUUCAUGGUCCAGUCCGGUCUGCCAUGAAGUACAAGCGCUGUACAGGAUUUAAAUGACACUGCCAUAAGACUUGAAUCCAUUUAUUUAAUAUUGAAUUAAAUGGUACACUUUGUUGACCAUGAUGAUUUUGAAAAAAAAUCAGAGAUUUUACAGUGAUGCAUAUGAUAUAUUUGAACAAAUAAACCAAUAUUUACUCUUGCAAUACAUUUUAUCUUUUGAAUUGUUUUUAACAUUCAGACCUGAUGUUAGAAUCCCUUAUAAAUUAGACAGGCUAGUAGUAUUUAGGCAUAACUUAACUCCCAUACAAAGAGAUCCCCCCUGCUAUGUUACCUCCAGGAGCAACGGCAUGUCAUGUUAGAAAUGUUAUCGUUAUGCACCAAAUCGCUCAGUUGAAUUCCUUACUCUGCCUCCACAGUGAAUACUUCCACCGCAGCGAUUUUCAGCCGCUGCACACCAGUCUUCAUUCAGAGAACAGAGAUAUAAAAUCAGUUUUAAGGAUUCCCGCACAAUGAUCAGGGCUUAUCUACAUCCAAAUCCAUUCAUGGACAAAGAUUGCCUUUUUGUUUAUAAAGUUCAUUAUUUUAGUUUUUUAAACAU